GCCCAAAGGUUUCACUUCGUUUUUAAAAGUUUCGAAGGGCUCACGAGAAUCGACACCUGACAGAGCACCCCGGGACUCAUCGGGCGUCAUCAUUCACGUGAUAUUACAUAUAAAUGAAAGAAGCUUCCCUGCUUUGAGUCGCUGGGCUUUACUUUGACGAUAAUGUCAGAAUUAUAAAUGGUUCAUCAAAUAAAUAAAUAAAUGUGGGUUUCAUUACAAAAAUUUCUCUGUCAUUGGACCAAUAACAUCUUUGAGAAGAAAACGUUUGACGUAGCCAACGAAAUCAAUCUUGAGGUUUCGCCAGAAGUGCGGGCGUGGUUUGUCAUAGUUGCCGGACGUGGUUAUGCCUGCGCGGCGUGAUUUACGCCGAACUAGUUUGGGGAAAUGACGCGCAAUAAGCGCCUCCUCUAGGUUUCCGGAUGUAUUCAUUUGAAUUUUUGUUCCAUAGGCAAGUUCGAGAGACUUCGGUUGUUAGAUGCUGGAAUUGGAGAGAAAGCGGCUGCUUGUGCUUUAUUUAUGAAUAUUAUUAACGCGACACCAAACACCUAUAUUGUUUAGUGUUUUGGUCUUUUCUGCGAUUUUUUUGUGGAGUUAGUUUUUGAUGUACCGUUCAUUGUUUUCGUUAGAUUUUAGAUCAAGCCUUUGUUUCUUACAGCUCAGUACGUGAAUACUUGCUUUGUUUUUGUACCCGUUAGUUGUGCGGGUUACAAUCUCUUAUGCUUAUUAAAACUAUAUAUAUUAUAUUUGAGUCAAGGAUCUUUUUAGUAUACCAUCGUUGUGGAGUUAGACUAAGCUUACAUGCAGUUCGCAUUUAAUGUUUUAUUUUAUUUUCGUUGGUAAUGAUACAAAGUCUUUAAGGUAAACUCUAUUGUGGUGUUUAGUACGUCUAAAAGAUGCUGAAGACUAUGCAUUCUGAAGUGGUCGAAUCAAAAUCCAAGGAACGUUGUGAACUUUGUAAGCUUGCUGAUGACUGUCCGAACAAGUAUGGAGAGAAGAUCACGUUGAAGAAUCACAACCUUACUGUACACUACUUUUGUCUGCUUAUGGCCAGUGGAGUGUAUCAACGUGGAGAGGAAGAUGAAGGAAUCUAUGGCUUUUUAGUGGAGGACAUCAAACAAGAGAUACGCAGGUCUUCGAGAUUGACCUGUAACGCUUGCAAGAAGAAGGGGGCCUCAGUUGGCUGCAACAUUAAAAGCUGCAGAAAGAUGGUCCAUUUGCCAUGUGGAAUCCAACAAGAGUUUAUAUUCCAGUUUACUGGACAAUUUCCAUCUUUCUGUAAAGACCAUCGUCCUGUUCAAAUCCAGCCCCUGUCAUCAUACACCAGCAACUCACUUUGUUGCUCUGUGUGCUUAGAAUCUGUAGAGCCUGUCUUGUCCUACACAGUGCUCAAAUGUCCCUGUUGUCAUAGUGGCUGGUUUCACCGGGAUUGUUUACAGCAUCAAGCAAACAGUGCUGCCAUGUUCUUCUUCAGGUGUACAAUUUGCAACAAUAAGGAUAAGUUUCAACAGGAGAUGCUCCGGAUGGGAAUUCACAUACCAGAAAGAGAUGCAUCAUGGGAACUUGAGGAAAAUGCAUAUGGGGAGUUACUGCAGGUGUACCAGCACUGUGAUGCUCUCAAGUGCAGAUGUGAUAAUGGCCGAGGGUACAGUGCAAACGAUGGGAAGUGGGUGAUUAUACGCUGUAAGUUCUGUGGCUCCAGAGGAACCCAUCGGCUGUGCUCUUCCUUGAAGCCCUUCCGGCGUGACUGGGUUUGCAGUGACUGCCGGCCUGUAGUGAAUGAAAAUGGUGUUGUCUGUCAGCAUAUAAAAUCUCCAGCAUCAGGGGAACAGGAGAAGAAAAGACACCUGAAAAGACAACAAACUUCUCUCCAUUCUGCCAUAGUUUGUAAAAAAUCCUCUUUUCAGAUGAAUUCACCUCAGGAGAUCUUGCACUGUCUGUCCAAAAAAAUAUCACCACUCCAUUUCACUUUGGUUGAGAUAAAAAAAGAUGGAGUUUUAAAGGCUGCCCAACAGAUUUUGAGACAGAAUGACUUUGACCCACACCACACCAUGACUGUGACUUUUCCUGGAGAUAAACUGCACAGCGAGGAUGUUGGUUCUGGGAACCAACGCCGGUUUUUGAGGCUUCUGGUGCAGGACUUGCAAAACUUGUCAGUCUUUCAGGGUCCUGAAAACAAGAAAAACUUAGCUUUGGAUUCUCAAGCUCUACGAGAUGACCUGUAUUUUGAUGCAGGAUGCAUUCUGGCUCUAAGUCUUGUCCAUGGGGGACCACCGCCAAGGUUCUUCUCUAGAGCUUUGUACAAAUGCCUUUUCAAUUUUCCCAGCGAUAGCCGCCUGACAGUGAGAGACAUGGUAGACACCGUUUUAGCAGAAAAAGUGAAGAAGAUAAGAGAUGCCCGAUCUUUAAAGGAAUUAAAAGAGGCAGUCAGUUCCUCAACAGAAUAUCUGAAAGUAGCUGGAUGUUUCAGACAAGUUAAUUGCCUUUCUGACAAACAGCAGCUAGUGGAUGAUAUUGUGACCUUUCAUUUUAUAACAAGAAUGCAAUUACCACUUCAAAGAUUUCGUGAGGGUCUGAAUACUUUGGGUCUCUUUGAACAAAUCCAAAUGUUCCCUGGACCGUUCUGUGAUCUGUUUUGCUCCUCAUCUGAAAAGAUGUCAGCUGGCACAAUGGAUAGCCUGUUCUCUGUCCAGUUCUCUGUUAAUGAGGAGAAGAAAAAGAAAGAACGAACAGUAGUGGGUUUCUGGAGGCAGUACCUACAUGAAUGUGAAGAGGGCAGAUGUGCAACAACAUUAGAGGAUAUCCUCAUUUUUGCUACUUCAGCAGAUGCAGUCCCUGCAGUAGGAUUUAAUCCUGCCCCCAGUCUGUCAUUUCUACACCCACAAAUCUCCGUAGGUGUGUUUCCUGAACGCCAUCCUAGCUUCAACCACAUUGUGCUUCCUGUGCUCACCUCAUAUGAGAUCUUUAAGAAACACAUGGAGUAUGCAGUAUGUCAGCUUACAAUGAUGCAGACUCUAUAAUAUUUUUGUUGCUAAACAGUAUAAAGGGUCAUCAUAUGUUAGAAUUCACAAUUUUUUUUAAUUAUCUGCAAUCUUAAGGAUAUGGCAUAGUCAUUUUCAUACCGACCAUGCAAUUAGCCCUUUUUUUCCAGCAUUAAUUUCUAUAAACACUGAACUCACUGAGCUUUAACAAUAAAAAAAAAUCACCUGAUUUUUAUUCUUGUGGUUGUAUGGUAUAUUUCUACAUGUGUUCAUUUACAUUGUAGUGUUACAUAUAUAGAAUCACAUGUUGAGUAGAAUUAAAUUUCUAUUAAUUACCAGUUAGAUAUCUAUUUGUAGCUUUGUAGAUUAUUGAAAUGGUAUCAAAAAAUGUCUAGUCUUUCUCGAUUAUUUUUACAAUGGUAAUGUUUUUUUUUGUUCUUUUUUAUUGACCAAUUCAUUUUUCUGAAGGUUGCAAGUGUAUAUUUCUGAAAUGCAAUAUAAAUAACUUUUAAAGAUAAUCUCUGUUACUGCUAGUUUUUGUUUUUAUCUUAUCACACUAUAGUUUGUUAGAAUAGCUGUAAUGGACAGAGUUUCAUUCAGUUAGUCAGUCUGCUGAUGGCACUUUACAGAUGACCUGCAUCCAAACUGAGGAUAUGUACUAGGGCUGUUUUAUUUAUGCUAGAUGAGGUAUGGUUUUUCACAUAUAUUAUGCAUGCAGUAAUGCGGUUAGUUUUAUUUUAUUUUUUUUGCUUUGUUUUACUGAUAAUGCUGCACAUCCCUGUUUUGUGUUUUUAUGCUAAUUGAAUAUGAAGGUUUUGAGAGGACUGAUCUUAAUUUUAGUGAUCUAGCUUCUCAAUACUAUGUUCUAAGACGUUCAUGUGAAGUAGCAGCUCUGUUGUUAGUGUCUGAAGAAACCACCAUCUAGUAUAGUGUGGAAGUGUAAUUCUUUAGGGAUUGCAGUAAUUGCCCAUUCCUGCUACUUCACUAUUAAUUGCUUUAAUAUUGCUAUUAAAAGAUCUGAAUAUUAA